CACGCCAAACGAGAGCCCUGUCUUGGGACCGUCUCUCUCUCUCUCUCUCUCUCUCUCUCUCUCCACCACUUCUAAACUGUGCCAUCAUGGGCUGGAUGGGUCUAAUCCUGGCAGGCUUUCCAGUUUGGGCUUUGGCCUCCAACUUCCCACCAUCGGAAACCAUCCACAUAGCCCAAUUCCCACCCUACCACACUUUUGGGAAAAUGAUCCUCCUCUUUCUAGAUGACCCCCGAUCCCCUACUGCCUGCAACUGGUUCCGAGGGAGAGAUCAAAGCGAGGAAAGUCACAUUUUGAGAGGGCAGUCCGAUCCCGUCUCGGGAUUCUAUAGAAUCAACCAAACGGGUCCAGCCUUCACGGGACGGGAAGAUGUGGAGAGAGGAUGCUCCUUAAUCAUCCAAAAUGGACAGGACUCUGAUGCUGGCCCUUACACUGUCUCCAUGAUGGGGCUGGGAGGAAAGGAUCAUGUAACUGGAAUGAGAAACCUGCAACUUUCUUAUUCUCCUUUCACCCCCCAUCCCGAAGCCACCCGCUUGGUCCAGUUCCCACCAAACCCACGGGUUGGGCAAUCAGUCUACCUGUACUUAGACGAUAUCCCAAAACCUACCAACUGCAGCUGGUUCCGUGGGAAGGAUCAACGCGAAGAAGGACGGAUCUUCAGAGCAAAAUUUAGUAGGACCAGCCAUUCCUAUCUCAUUGAUCAAAAAGGAGCAGCCCACAGAGGACGGGAAGAGGUGUGGAGAGCAUGUGCCUUAGUUAUCCGAAAAGUGGAGGCCUCGGAUGCUGGACCUUACACAAUCUCCAUGGGGGAUGAGUGGGACGUGUAUCCCAUAACGGCAUGGAGAGAAUUGCGAGUUUCCUCCUAGAGAUGCUUGGGAGAUGCCUCUGUCCAUUUGGGCGUCUUGAUCUUUGGAAGAGAAACAAAGAAGCUGCAGUCCGUCAGCCACGGGGGAUCCCCAGAAGGGAUCCGCCAUUCACUUUGUCUGUGAUCCCUCCCUGGCUUCUUCCCUUCACCCACCAGCAUUAAAAUGUCUUCUGGCAAAACG